UGAAAGGCGACCACUUAAUAAACAGUAGGGCUUUUUACAAUGCAUUAUCUCCCAGUUAGUGCACUAUGUAACAGGAGGCUAUAGACAGCAUAUAGCAGAGAAUGCUCACAGGUAAUAAUGGCAGUGGAAUAACAGCUGGCAAGCAGGAAUGAGGUCACCUGAGAAGUUAAUUGUGAAGUGACUGAGAGACCAAACACACCUGAAGAGACAAGAAAAAGAGAGUGAGGACUGUACGCUGUUGAUGGAGCCUACCUCUAGGCCACUAUAGUUCUGACUGCAUGCACUGUACAUGUAUGUUUAAUGACUGCCUGUUUAAGUUAUUGAUUCUUGCCUUGCAGUCCAGGUCUUAUUGUCAUAUAUCUCCUACGUGACACUGACAGCCCAUGGGAUGGUAGGUCCGUGGUUGCUGAUAUUAUAGAGGAUAAAGAUUCAUCCAGCAAUGAGGGAUAUUUUACUGAGCCAGGGAUACUGACCAGCUGACCAGAGAAAUGACUAUGUUCAGGACUGCUGUGUUUAGGCUGUAUCUCUUGGGCUCGGCCCUCAUAGUGACCUGUGCCCAGUUUGGGUCUUCCUAUUAUUGUGACAAAACUUACCCAUGUGAUUGCAAGACACUGGAGCAGUGUAAACCUAUAGUGGCCAAUAAGCACAGGAAAGAGGUGAUUGUUUUAGCCAAGGACAAGGAUGUGACUAGUAAAACUUACCUCCACUGGGACUGGAGAAAUAUUACAGUGGUAUACACUGAGAACUUCCAUGACCCGGAGCUGAUGUGCCACGCCCACAAACAGGGAGCCAGAUAUGGACUGAGAUAUGUAUUGAAAAACAUCACAGCAUUUUACGAUACAGAGUUUAGGGAAAACUUCACGAAGGGGUUAAUUUUUCAGUCUCACUGUACGAGGAAUGAUGCGAUAAAUCUGGACAUUGACGUGCCUCUAGCACAAGACUCUAACGAUAGCAGACUUCUAGUUUCUGUUUUGAGAGACAUUAGGAACGGUUUUGAUGAUAUGAUAGGGAACUUUCCAGUUGUUGGGGAUGGGAGUACCACAAAAUGUCAGUUAUCAUUUAGUGUACCUUGGAUGCCUUAUUGUUUUGAUGACAUGUGCUUGCCAGAAGCUGAAAUGGCUGAUAUAGUUGAUCUGUUCAUCAUCAAAUCUGACCACAUUCAUGGCGUACAUGACUGGGGAGGAAACUGCACAGCGGGGGCACAUGCACCAUUUGCACAAAUUUUGUAUGGUUACACCAUGUACAUGUCCGUUAAUAUGCCUGUCAACCAGAUGGUCCUGUCAGUGCCUUGGUACGGAUACAAGUACAGGUGUACAUACUUUGAUCCCAAGACCAACAGAUGUAUUGUUUCUCCAAAACCAUUCCAUGGUGUUAACUGCAGCUAUGCCACUGGCGAGAGGCUGUCACUGGCCAAAAUACUAGCAAUCAAAGUCCAGUAUAACGCCUCCAGACUGUGGCAUUCUGGGUACAGAACACCUUAUUUUAAUUACAAGAAUACCACUGAUGGUUAUAUGUAUCAAGUUUGGUAUGAAGAUGAACAAAGUACCUGGACAAAAUAUGCAUACUCUAAAGAAGCUAAUUUUAAAGGAAUUGCAGUAUGGUAUGGAGACAGCUUAGAAUACAACUCAUCACAGAAAGAAAUCCAAAAUUUCACAUAUCAUAUGUGGGAAGCAGUAGACCUGGUAGAGGCAUACAAGUAUGAGAGUAGAGCAUGUGACGAACAACUCCCAGGUAUGGUAACAGGUAUAGCAGCAUCCAUGUUUUUAUGUGGCACUUUGGUUGGGAUAGGAUUAGGAGCUUUGUUGACAAAAUUUGACAGAAAGAGGAAAAAGACGAUAGCCCAGGAACAGGGAGACACAGACGUAUUAACAGAGAUGAUGGAAACUGAACACAAAACAGACGCAACUAUUCGUGUUUGAUACAGCCAUUGGGACUAGGCCAGAAAAGACGGAUCACAUAAAAAAAGGUUUAUGUUCUUGCUUUUUUCAAAGACUCUUCAAGUUGAGUUGACUUUGUUAAAAGCUCUCCUUUUUUAAGACUCUGAAGUUGAGUUUCCAGACAAGUUGGGUUUACCCAUCUUAGCAGGCUAUCUGCUUGUGUUGAGCUUAUUUAUUUAAGCCGAUGGGAACAACUUGGGACAGUGUUGUGAACAAUUCAUUGAUGCUCUAAGGUCUUUUCAUUGAAUUUAGGUAGAGUAAGUGAUAUUUUAAUGUCUGCUGACAGUUAUGGCUGUUUUUUUUUUUUUUUAAUUAUUAUUAUUAAUUUUUUUUUGUCAUCACAGUGGUUUGAAAGACAUUUAAAGACAUGUUAACACAGAUUUGGAUAGCAGUUCCCAAGGGAUGUCAAUAUUCUACAACAUGGCUGUGUGCCUCUACUCCUGUGUGUUGUUGGCCUUCAAGCUGUCCGGACCACUGGUUACAUGAUAAUCUGUUGGAAUAUAAAUCAGAUGCAUUUUUCUGUUCUCAUGACACAGACAGGGUAUUUUUUAUUGGUUGUGAUUUUUUUCUACUUAUCAAGCCAUUCACUUUUGGGAAAGCAGUUUCCAUAGCUGGAUGAUAUUUGGUACACUGAUACCUACUAUGCUGUGUAAUCUGAACUUUCAUAAACUCUCAUGACAAAAAUUGUCUUUUUUAACAUUUUGGUAUGUGCUUUUUCUUAUUCAAAAUAUUGUGUUCUUAUAUGAUAAUUGAUGUCUUUACUAAAAUAACAUAUAUAUAGGGAUUGCACUAUGAGGUUGCACUUUACAAUAAAUGUCUACAAAAAAAAAAAGAUUCCCCCCCCAUCCAACCCCUUGCUCUGCCUGUUUUUCAGGAUAUUUUUUACAUCUGGUAUAAUUCGAGGGAAUUGCAUUAACAGGUUGCCAGACCUACAUGCUUCAGGGCUUGAAUAGAUGUGUUAUUGUCAACAAAAUCAUUGAUAUUUCAUUCCUGUUUAUUCCAGCUACCUGCAGUGAGGUAUGUGUGGUAGAGCAGCUGUGAGUUGUAAUUAAGUUAAGUGCUGUUAUUGAAUCAUUCUGUGUACAUGGAGUACAUACCAUCCUGAAUAAAAAAAUAACCUGGAUUUGGUUAUUGGUGAUGCUAUUUUGAUAGAACUGUUACAUGCCAGAAAGAUGUAUGUGCCCUGCAUGUGGGAUUUACUUUCAAACAAAAAAUGAAAACUUUGUCUACAAUAUAUCAAUCAUUUUAACUUCAAUUAUGUCACUCAGUGGAUUUCUCAGAGGGAUGAACUUUGUUAAAAUUGCGUAUAAAGAACUGAAUUGUUUGAUUGGUAAAAAGGUAACUUUUAUGUUAUUGAUGCCCACUAGUUACAGUAUUGAAUAUGUGAAAGUAAUGGUGUAAUUAUAGUUUUUCUUUUUUAUCAUGCCUUGCUACUCCUUUAAUUUAAUGGUUAGUAUUUAAUAGUCAAACUUUAUUGUACUUCAGCAUUGAAAAAUAAUUUUGUUUUGCAUUAAUUUCUUGUUAUAAUAUGAUGCCUGUACAUGCAUGUUGUACAUGUAUGUGUAUUUAGACUAGGCAAAAUCUGUUAUCAAGGUGCAAAAUAAAGUGAGAUAAAAAUAGUCUGUUUAAACCAAGCUUUGCCUUAGGGAAUAUUUGAACUAUUACAUGCUUUUAAGUGGGUUCAUUCAAAAACAGCUGGAUUUUAUUAUCUUUACUUAGUUGUAUUAUUGUAUUGUUUUUUAAAGCUCUUAUGCUGCUCUGGUACAUGUAGCAAAGCAGGCUGUCUCUGAUUGAAUGAUAUACUUAUAUGUUUUUUUUUUUUAACGAGACCUUCUUCAUAGUCUGUCAUAAUGUUUUAUUUCAUACAUUGUUAGUCCAAUUUAAAUGUAAGAAUGUUGUCAGGGACAAAACUGAAAGUGAUACAAACACACUGUAUCUAUUGAUUUAAUUACUGCUUUCACUGCAGAUUGUUCUUUAACAAAUUGUUGAAAAUGGUGUAAUAAAAUGUAAAAAAAUGUU